AUGAGUAAUUUACGCUGCCAGAAACGUUUGGCCGCAGCUGUUCUGGGAUGUGGCAAGAAAAAAAUUUGGUUGGACCCUAACGAGAACUCUACCAUUGCUUCGGCCAACUCCAGGAAGCUUAUCCGCAAGCUGUUCAAGGAUAACUUGAUCAUCCGAAAGCCAAUAGUUGUGCACUCGCGAUUUCGGGCUAGACGUCAGCUUAUCGCUCGUCGUCUCGGUCGGCACACUGGUGUCGGCAAGCGGAAGGGUACAGCCGAUGCUCGGAUGCCCCAAAAAGUUCUUUGGAUGCGGCGAAUGCGCGUUUUGCGGCGCCUAUUGAAACGUUACAGGGCCUCCCACAAAAUUGAUAAGCACUUGUAUCACCAUUUGUAUCAACAAUGUAAGGGGAAUAUUUUUAAGAAUAAGCGCAUUUUGAUUGACCACAUCCACAAGAAGAAGACGGAGCGUCUUCGCGCAAAGCAGAUUGGUGAUCAAGCCGAAGCUAUGCGUCAACGAAAACGCGAGGCAAAACUUCGCCGUGAGCAGCGCCUUAUUGAGCGUAGGAAGAACGUGCUGUUGUUGCCAAGCCCGGCUACUUUACCUUCGGCCAAGCCAACAAAGGACGAAUCUAAGGCGGAACCCCCUAAGACUAAACCUAAGGAACCUGAACCACCAAAGAGUGAGCCGAAACCGGCCCCUCCGCCCAGGUCUGAGCCACCAAAAGUAAAAGAACCUAAAUCUGGUAAAACUGCUCCUGUUCCUAAAGUUCCGUCGUCAAAGACUCCUGCACCUCCCCCCAAGCUUCCAACCGCUUCGGCAUCAAAGGAUACUGUUAAGACCAAACCUACUAAGAAGAAGUAG